ACAAUACGUGACACUAAUAAUGGUUGAAUAAUAUUUUAUCCUUGCUAACUGUAAAUCCACCUUUCAUGCGUUUACAGUGGUCAUCAUAAUAAAUAAACGCCAUUAGUUUCAUUCUGUAAGUCUCAGUGAAGCAUAUUUUUCGGUAACUUCUUUCGUUCGCUUCCUCACGGUAAUUUCACCCCCUAUCUCGUCAUUGCUCCAACUCGAACCUUCUAAAUGUAAAUUUGAGGAAAAUUGUCAUGUUGGUGUUGUCUUUUCCUACCUACCGUAAUCUUGUGAACCUAAUUUAACUGUUUUUUUUUACUAUUUUCCAUAACAUAAUAUUAAGUGCAGCAAUGAUUUUUCCGAAGAAAAUUAAUAGUAAUUCAAGAAAGCCAAAAAAUACGUCGAAGUCAGAGGUGCAAUUAACCACCCCGUAGAUCCUCGUCAGGGGCGCCCUCAAGUUCUUUAACACAACAUAAUAUUGAAAAGCGCAGUGAAAAUUUAUGAUUUUGAUAUUUCCGCUUAAAAACUCGAGGCAUUGAUUGUCGCUGCGAAUGAUUUUUCCGAAGAAAAUUAAUAGUAAUUCAAGAAAGCCAAAAAAUACGUCGAAGUCAGAGGUGCAAUUAACCACCCCGUAGAUCCUCGUCAGGGGCGCCCUCAAGUUCUUUAACACAACAUAAUAUUGAAAAGCGCAGUGAAAAUUUAUGAUUUUGAUAUUUCCGCUUAAAAACUCGAGGCAUUGAUUGUCGCUGCGAAUGAUUUUUCCGAAGAAAAUUAAUAGUAAUUCAAGAAAGCCAAAAAAUACGUCGAAGUCAGAGGCGCAAUUGAUACCUCGUAGACUCUUGGGGACCGACCAAAGUCAGGGGUGUCCUCAUGUUCCUUAAUAAAAAUGUUAAAUUAAUUUUAAUUCAAUAUUUAACAAACAAAAAAAUGAAAACUGUUCUUCUUUUUGUCUCUGUUCUUUUCCGAAUAAAAUCGUACUAUUUAUUCAUGUAUUACGUAGAGUAAAUCUAAUCCUUGUAAAAUUUUCAGUUAUUAUCCUAACGUAGGUAGCUGUGCUGUUCCAAACUUUUUGAAAAAAUAUUUGUCACCUUGGCUUUAUUGCCAUACCAACCGACGAAAAAGUAACAUAAUUGUCAAUGUUAAAAUCAGAUUAUGCACCGAAAAAAGGGAAAUUCUCAACAGAGCCGAUAUUUUGUGAAAUUCAAUCACGUAUGUGAUAUAGUCGAUCUCGAAGAUCCUGUACGGAUUAAUUAUCCUGGUGACGACUUAUGUUCUCGACUCAAAAGGACACUAGCUAGAUGGCGAACUGUUUCAGAUUAUCGAAGAGACAACAGAAUUCUUAGAAGUCAAGGCGUAGUUAGGGAUGAAAGGAAUAGGCAUUUUGAAAACUACCCCUAUAUGAUACACCCGAUUAGUGAUUUCAGGAAAUGGUGGGGUCUUCAUAUGAUCGUGGUGAUGGCAUUGGUCCUUUUUCUGGCCCCCAUUAAUUCUAUAUCGUUUUGGUCGAUAGCGAGCAAAUUUUAUAUCACAUUAACUAUUUUUAAAUUAACUGUUCUGUACUGCGAUUUCGUGCUAAUCAUUAACUUCAUACUGAACUUUUUCACGGGAACAGAAAAUAUAGCAGAGAAGAGAAUUCUGAUGGACCGCCGUGAAAUAGCGAUCCACUAUCUAAAAGGGUACUUUUGGGCCGACGUUUGGACAAUCAUACCCAUUCAGUUCAUCAGUUUGUUCUUGACGACCCAGCUGGCGAUUUUGUUCAGCUUACAAUUUACCAAAGCCAUGACGUACGUAUCAUUCUUGAAGUAUUACAAAGAAUUUUCGGAAAACUUCAACGUAAACUACACGAAACAGAAGAUGAUCUUGCUUGUUUGUUCAAUCAUGUUCUACUUCCAAUGGGUCACUUGUUUUCUGAUGUUUAUUUAUUUGUGGAAUUGCGGCGUUUUAAAGGGUACAAUGCAGACAAAAGAAGAACUGAUUGAAGCAUUGAACCUGAAAGAGCCUAUUACCCAAUUAACUUAUCUUAACGCAAAUGGUUCGUACACCGGCGCCCUUUACAGGGCCACCAUGAUAAUAUUGCUAAUAGACUAUGGAAGGGCACCACCCUACAACAACGUCGAAAAAAUGGUUGUGAUAAUGAUUUGGGUCGUUUCUAAACUGGUCUACGUUCAAAUUUUAUCCUACAUCUUUCAAGUACUGAAAGCCAACGGUUCUCCAGCCUACAAAUACACAGAAACGCUGAAACAACUGAAGGAAUACAUGAGUCAUAAACAUCUGCCAGUUUACAUGCAGAGAAGGGUGCUGGAUUAUUACGAAUUUAGAUUUCAGAACACAUACUUCAAGGAAAAGGACAUUUUAAACACAAUAUCUAAUCAUUUAAGACAAGAGGUGACGAUGCACAGCUGCGGGAAGCUCGUGGAGAACGUCACCUUUUUCAAGAACCUUCCUAUAGCAUUGUUAGUAAGAAUAGUGUCGUGUUUGGAUACGGAAAUUUAUUUGGCCAACGAUAUAAUAAGCAAAGCUAAAAGUGUCGGAAAUUGCAUGUUUUUUAUAGCUUCUGGUACGGUAGCAGUAUACACUCAAUCGGGCAAAGAAGUGUGCCAUCUCGAAGAUGGUGCCCACUUUGGAGAAAUAGCUCUGGUCUCAUCGGAUUCGAGAAGGGUGACUUCUGUAAUUGCGGUGGAGGUUUGUGAAUUGUUUAAAUUGAGCAGGGACGAUUUUGUAAGGGCCAUAAUGCCCUAUCCAGAUCUUCUAGAGAAUAUCAAGAAAAUAGCAGCCGAAAGGAUCGAAAGAGUUAAUGUACUUGAAGAACAACUCGGAUAUAUACGGAAGGAAUCGUAAUUUUUGGUAGGUACCGAAGUGUUCUGAAGGGAUUUUUACAAAUUCUGACGAAAAUUGUUAGGAGAUAGUAAGUUUUCGAAGCGAUACUUCAACAGAAGAAAUUAGUUGUCGUUUCGGACUAUCGAUUGAAAAAAUAAUAGUUCUAGGCACUUUCUGGGAACGUUUUGAUGAUGAUGGUCAAGUGUUUUUGUUGAGAUUUACAAGUCCUCGUUUUGAGAAAUUGUUGUUUCUUCAUACCUUCUGGAGACGUUCUGAUGAAGACCAUUGAGAGACAGUAAUUCUU